AUGUCCGAUCCUCACCCUUCAACAACGGAGACCGAUCUUCUCCUGCCCACUGUGAAUCGACCCUCACGCUCACUGAAGUUCCUUCCCCAUCUCGAGAUGUUUCCUCAACCUCGAGAUAAAUUCUCCAUGUCUCUAGUCUAUACAUCAUUGGUAGUGUUCGUCCCGCUCACUUGGUAUUUAGUCUUUUCGGGUGAUAUAUCAGCUAUGGGUUGGUUCGCCUUACAUCCUCCUAUGCAAUCUUUGGCCAUAGCUGGGUUUGUGUUAGGCAUAACACCUCUUCAACCUUAUCCCUCAUCCACUCACAUCCGUCAAACACGUUUAAUAACUCAUCAAACAUUCAUCUAUCUAUCUUCCCUCUUUCUCCUUUUGGGUACAUCGGCAAUGUGGUAUAACAAACAUCUACAUUCUGCGAAACAUUAUACAACUUGGCAUGGACGAUUUGGAUUGUUAUUCGUUUGUUGGAUUAUAUUACAGGGUUUAAUAGGUGGUUUAAGUAUCUGGAAAGGGGGGGAAAUGUUGGGUGGAGGUGAGAAAGCUAAGAGGGUUUAUAAGUAUCAUCGUCUAUCGGGAUACCUAUUACUCACUCUGGCACUUUUCACUGCUCAUCUAGGUGGAGCUCAUUCAGACUGGGCGUUUUCACGAAAUGGUUUUCGUUGGUUACGCCUGAUAGUGUUUUGGAUCACAUUGCCUUUAUUAUGGAUAGGAAUCUUUAGUCGAUUACGCGGCUGUUUACGUAUGUGA